AUGGACAGGAAAGCAGGGCGAGUAGUUGCAAACGAGCUCAGUGCAGUAAUUCCAGCAGCAAUUUCUGCAACUGAUAAUCUGGAAGCUUCCAUGAAUCCUUUUUUACCUGGUGGAGACAACCUUUCUAUAACUUUAUCAUCGCCUCAGUUUUCUCAAGCAUUAUUGAUGUUUUGGGCAGCUUUUCAGUCUGGUCUCGUAGCCCCAGUCAUUAAACAGUUUGGCCUGGGAACAGCAAGUGUGGAGGCUGCGAACAAAGGUAACAUUGAAGAAUUUGUUUGUUCACUAGAAGAAGAAGUGAAAAAUCAGCCAUCUGUAUUGAACAUUGAGAGAAAUAAUACUAACCUACAUAAAGUUGUCACUGACAAAGAUGUAAAACCAAAUGAGUCAUCUGGAGAUACUAAUGAAGAUAAAAAAACUGAUGAUGAUGAAGGAAUGAAUCUUGAUUGA